AUUUCGGAUUUCCCCCAGCCCCUUUUCUCACCGGCAGAAGGGUGUGGGGAGGACCGGGGAGGACCGGGAGGACCGGGAGGACCGGGAGGACCGGGGUCAGAGAGGAUCCGCCGCCACUGACCCGCGCGUCUUCAUCCAAACACUGGAUUUUGAAGAUCAAACUGAUGUGACUGAAUCGUCUCAGAUUUGUCUCACUGGAAACUCAGCCCCAACACAAAGACACACAGUUUCUUCGUUGCUGUUUCUUCUGAUGGAUCAUCAUGUCCACGACUAAUAACAUCGCCCAGGCCCGAAAACUGGUGGAACAGCUGAGGAUCGAGGCGGGAUUCGAACGCAUCAAAGUGUCCAAAGCGGCCGCAGACCUGAUGAGUUACUGUGAGCAGCACGCCCGUAGUGACCCUCUGCUGGUCGGGGUCCCCACGUCUGAAAACCCUUUUAAGGACAAGAAACCCUGCAUCAUCCUAUAGCUGCGCCGUGUGUGCGUGUGUCUGAGUGACACACACUUACACACACUUACACACACACGACACACAGACACACACACACAUUAACCUGAUUUGACCUCCGUGUUUUCUUCAUACAAACACGCCUCUUUUACACGCUCCACACAUAACCCAAACACGCCAUACUGUUGGCUGCAGGUAGGGGGCAGCAGUGUCACAGCUCCUCCUUUUUCAAAGCUGUUUAUCUCUGAUUAAAGGUGCUCGGGCAGAGGUGCAGGAUGGACGGCGAUGCUCUAAACGUGUUUAGCUUUUAGCCGAUGAAAUUAUAGGCUCACAUCAAAAUGUUUAAAAUUAGGUUAAAAAAGUAGAACAUUUACGACGUUAAACGUGUUGAUCAUGACAGACGAGAUUCACUUUGGCCUUUAGCCUUUUUGUUAGAGCUAGCAUGAUUGAAGGCUAGCUCCGGGUCGUUCUGCCCAUGACCUUCCCAACAUGGCCGCCUCCAGCCUUUGGCCAAAUCUCCAGCUGUGCCAAACUUGUACAGACGUUGUCCCGUAGACGCAGCUCUGCGUUCGUUCUUUCCCGUAGACGCAGCUCUGCGUUCGUUCUUUCCCGUAGACGCAGCUCUGCGUUCGUUCUUUCCCGUAGACGCAGCUCUGCGUUCGUUCUUUCCCGUAGACGCAGCUCUGCGUUCGUUCUUUCCCGUAGACGCAGCUCUGCGUUCGUUCUUUCCUCUGUGUUUUCGAUGUCUAAGGUGAAACGAGCUCCGCACCUGCGUCUUUAAGGAGCAACACAAACCCAAAACGUUUACCGCAUUUUUUCUUAGCAGUUUGUGGAAUACAUGUAGGUUUUAUAUUUUGUUAAACUUAUCUGAUAGUAUUUUAAAGUUUAUUUUACAGUAUUUUUGGUGAUGUCGCCCCCUGGUGGAUCAGGUUUCAAGCCAACGAGAACGAAACUGCAUUGGUCCUAGUACUGACCCAGGGGGGACACCACAGGGUUUUUUGGUAAAUCUCCUGCCUAUAACUUUAGUUUAAGGUGAUAUUUCAGACACGCCCAGAUCAGUUUACACUUGUCCCAAAAAAGCUACGCCGGAAAAUGAAGCUUCUCUUUGUCCCGUUUCCUGAUUAGACGAGUUCUUUUUGAACAUGAAGGUGCUUAGUGUUUUUGUUUUGCUUUGAUAAUGAAAACACCCGUUUUUGAGGUUAGAUUCUUGAAAAUGUUCCGACUUUCCCAAACUACAGCGUGUCUUCUUUUUUACACCGUUCCCGUUCUCUACGACUUUCCUCCUUUCUGAAAAACCAAACUUGAUUGUAAAAAAAAAAAGAAGAUAAAAAUAUGAAGUUGCGACAAACAAACGUGUAUAAACUUUCGUUGAUGUGCAGAAGUGAUCAGUGGAGAGUAGCUGUAUUGGAUUUUCCUUUGAGUUUCUUCUUUCUCUCUGGAUUCUGGUCAGUUGAGUAUUUCCUUGUACAGUGUUUGUAAAAUACAAAAACACGACGUCAGCGGACGCUCGAUUUUUUAACUUUUACUUUAUCUUCAUGUGGAGUUUCUGUCUCGUCUUUUUCUUUUGUCCGUUCGUGUCGGGCUGGAGCAGCUUUGAGCUCGUUUAAAUUCUGUUUUUAAAGUUUAUUUACAGGUGAAAGUCUCUGCUCGUCUUGAGGCUUCUGCCGUUUCUAAUUUGUAACUUUAAAAUCUCUCGACAAAACAGUUUUAUAGAAUUUUAGAGGAGAAAAAAAAACUAAAUAUGUGUGAGUUUUAUCUGGUGGUUUCAGUUUAAACUGCCUUUACACUCAGACUCUCUAUCGCCUCACAUCAGGUUUUACUUUACAUGUUUUGCUCCAGAUGCCCUCCCUGGGCUCUUUUAUUGACUCUGGCAGAUUAAAUAAAGACACAAAAAUAAACAUUUGGUUUUUCCAAAUCCAUUUAAUAAAAGACGUGAAAAGAGAAAAGAGCAAAAUGUGUUAAAUCGAAAUCUGCCACAAACUCAUUCACCCGAGCUGCUGCAGCCCCGCCCCUUUACUCCACCUUUACUCCACCUUUACUCCUCCUUUACUCCUCCUUUACUCCACCUUUACUCCACCUUUACUCCUCCUUUACUCCACCUUUACUCCACCUUUACUCCUCCUUUACUCCUCCUUUACUCCACCUUUACUCCACCUUUACUCCUCCUUUACUCCACCUUUACUCCACCUUUACUCCUCUUUUACUCCUCCUUUACUCCACCUUUACUCCUCCACCUGGAAAAACCUUCACAUUUUGUUUUUGUGAUCGGACAACCAGGACACACAGACACACACACCGACACACACAGUUUGCACUUUCGUCCUGAGGUCGUCCUGAGGUCGUCCUGAGGUCGUCCUGAGGUCGUCCUGAGGUCGUCCUGAGGUCGUCCUGAGGUCGUCCUGAGGCUGAGGCGUUGAUGGAUUGCGACCUGUGACUCGUCGCUUUGGUCCGUCCUGUCGUCUCGGUGUUUUUCGGGGCGGGGCUGGUGUUUGUGGGUUUAGGGCUGUUGAUGGACACUGGAUUGUCCCGCUGGGCUCUGGGCUCUGGGCCCCUGCUCUGGGCCCCUGCUCUGGGCCCCUGCUCUUAUCAGGGGCCCAUGACCGUCCUGCUUCUGUUUGGCACAAAGCGACGCUCUGGGCGUCUCCGUGGCAACAGUAAAAGCUCUGGGACAUUAGGGCCCGUGCAGGUCGUGAGACGUUUGUUUGUGGUUGAAGUCGUCGUGUUCGUUCAGUGCUGACGUGAUAAUGUGAAGUUCUGAUUCUGCUCAGUUUCCUGAAAAACAGACCUAGAAAAUAAAAUAGACAGUUUUUAUUUUUGCAGUUUCUGUGUCAGAGCUGAGAAAGAAACGACUAAAAUGUCGUGAAAUCAGAAGAAACUGAAGUUACAAAAGUCACAGUGUUUAAUCUGACCCCUGACCCCUGACCCCUGACCCCUGACUGUUCAGGGCGCUUUGGCCACGUCUAAAUCAUGUUUGAAUCUGAAGAAUGAAAAAAGGAAACUCUAAACAAAAUCAACUCAACACAUUUAAUGUUUUUAAGUUCAUUCCAGUUUGAUCUCGUUUUACUUAAACCUGAAGGAGACAAACAGCAGCUCUCCAGUUUAAACACGUGUGUUUGACACAUUAAAAAGACGACACGCGCACUUAAGAGUCACUCUGUGUGUUAUUUUUACAUUUUAUUGAGACAAAAACUUAACACUGAAACAACAAACUCAAACUCAGACACGAAAAUAAAACUGUGACUCGGCCAAACAAAAUAUUUAUUGACAAAUUUUAACAACAUCUGCAAGUUUUUUAGACGAAGUGGAUUAAAGUUGAAGGACAGGAGCAGGGGGCGGGGCCAACACAUCUGCAAAGCAUUCUGGGAUUUGUAGUAUUAAGGGAAGGAUGUUUAACGUAAUGAAACAAACAUAAAUAUCUCGUGUCGUCUGAGUCUUUUUUCUUUUCUUCCUGUUUCUUUCUCGUUGCCGUGGGAGACGUAAUGCCCCACUGAGCUGCAUGUGGAUUUACUUCAGAUGCCCUCCCUUACACUGUUAUUCAGUGUGUCUUGAGACCUGUAGGGGGCGUAUUUAUCCAGGUGGUUUUAUGACAGAUGCCCUUCCAAACAGAACGCUCUUUAUUUAUUAAACUGUAGAUUUAAAGUGUGUGUUUUCCUGUGAGUCCGGCUCAGAGUAAACGUCACACACACAUUUCACCUCCGCUGAGCCGGGGUGGGCGGGGCAAACAUCCUUUAUGUAAUGAUACAUUUUGAUCUUAAUCUUUCCUUUUAUUCUGCUCCUUUUGAAAAACCUGCUAUUUAUUGCCAAAGCUUUUGUUGCUUGACUUUGCCAUUCUCUCCAUUGUGAGGAAGAGUGAGCGAAAGAGCGACUGAUGUAAGAGAAAAACAAAGAAGAGUGAAACCUGAGAGUGAAACGCACUCCCGACGUGAAACUGCAGGAUCCAGGAAACGUAAACAGACCAAACUGAGAUAUUUGAAAUGUUCUAACGAUGUUUCAUUCACACAAACACACAAACCUGCAGAUUUAAGCUUCUCUCAAACUGAAAACACUCUGUUCCACCUUGUGAUGUCAUCAUGUGAUACAGGAAGUGCUCCACUGUGUUUUUAAACUCCACCUUCACUAGAAUCACUUGGAUCAUUUCAGUCUCAGAAUAUUCAAUCUCGACUGAACUAAAGGUAAAAGCUGUUCACGUGAAAACUACCACUUGAUGACAUCACAAGGUGGAACAGAGCGUUUUGAUCUUUGUAGAUGUGACAGACUAAUAAUAAAAUGUGACUCAAACAUGUGAAUGAAACAAAACACAACUCCAGGUCUGAUUUUGAGGAAACAGCUUUAGGACAUUAGAACAAGAGACAGUUUUGCGUGAUAUCGAGCUUUUAAAUUAUUUCCAUCUGAAGCGUUUCAGCCUCAGACACAAAUCCACACUGACGCACAAACUACAAAUCUACAAACACUCACGUUGUCCUGAUCAUGGUUUUGUUUUGUUUAUUUGUUUUUGUUUUUUGUUUUUUUGUGUCUAUUUCGAAUCAUUCCAUGACUGGUUGGGCUUAAAGAGACGCACAGUGUGUCCUCCAGAACGCUCCUGAUUGGACGGUUGUUUUUCCUGAUUGGACGGUUGUUUUUCCUGAUUGGACGGUUGUUUUUCCUGAUUGGACGGUUGUUUUUCCUGAUUGGACGGUUGUUGCCUUAAAGCGUAAACAUAUUGUGCUGGUUUUGCAGAUGCCUCUGGGGUUGUGACAUAAAGCACACUCUGGAUUAUUUGGCGUCCGCUGGAGAAAUAAGAGCAGAUUUUGCUUUGGCUCUGAGCCCCUCCGUGUUUUCGUUCCGAUCUCCUGUGUUUUCAUACUGUAUCUUUUUGCCUUGAUUAUGAAGAAAAUAUAUCUAUUUUUUGUAACUGUUCUCUGAUGUGCCAUAACUCAUGUUUUCUUGCACACUGUUAAUAUUUUGUGGAUAUUGCUGUUAAAAAAGAUAUUGAGAAGUAGAUAACAUUAAUAAAAAGAUGAUAUUA